GGCUGUAGCGUUAGGAUGGAGUACCGGUGGCUGGGACUGUUCUGAGGCUUUGACUGGAGGGAUGGCAGCGUGUGACAGGGAAAUAGUCUAUCAUAAGGACAGCUCCCAGAGUGAAGAUAUUGAUGAAUGGGAUGAUGCUGCCCUCAUUAAGUCUUAUGAGAAAGCUGUGCAGUCCUUCCAGGACAUGCUAAGAUGCAGUGAUAAGAAUAGGAGACCAGAGGGAACCACUGUGCAAGGAGACCCUCAGAAAGAUAGCCAGCGUGAGGUACCACGUGAAACAGACUGGGAGAGAGAGGGUCAUAGAGAUCAUCCAAAGGAUGAAGUGGAAAAGUGGAGCAAAAAGAAAAAGGUGCAGCCCCCACCUCUUCUCACUCGACCCCUUGCUUCCAAAUGGAAGGUGGGGGAUCCCUGCAGUGCUGUUUGGUCAGAAGAUGGCUGUGUUUAUCCAGCUACAGUGAAGUCUAUAGACCGGGAAAAUGGGACAUGUGUAGUGCAAUAUGAUGGCUAUGGAAACACUGAGAGACAUCAGCUUGAUGAAAUAGUGUCGGUGGGGAGCAGUGGGGAUAGCACCCCUCCUGUCAGACAGGAUGAGGAAGACACCGAUUGGCUUUACACACGGAGAAGCUCCACCUCUUCACCAGAUCUAUCCCGCAAUUGGAGAAAGCAAGGAAAGAAGUCAGAUUGGAUGUACACAUUCCCACCUCCUCCCCCACCUCCGCCACCCCCACCACCUCCACCCCCUUCACUACCUCCCCCUCCACCACCAAAGGGUUGCUUUUGGCCCCCACCGCCUCCUCCUGUAAGAGCCCAUCUUCCAACCUGGCACAACUGGCCCCCGUCAGCCCCCUUGCCUCCACCACCGCCUCCUCCACCUUUCUUCAGUACAGAGUGGGAGGAUUAUGAUGAGGAGGAUCAGGAGGAUGAAGAUGUCUUGGCCUGCAUGCUAAUGGCUUGGUACAUGACUGGAUACCACACAGGAUUUUACAAGGGCUUGAAGCAAGGUCGAGCAGAGGCAUUGAGACCCAAUCUGAAAAAAGGUCCCAGAAGGAAAUAGCACUGCAUAAAUAGAACACAAGGAUUAUCUCUCCCAUGGAGAAGUCAGGACACGCACACGCUCUGACUGGUUCUUCAUUGCACCCUGGUCAGACUCCUCCGUCUCCUAACUUCAUGCAUAUGCUCAUAAAUGCUUAUAUAUUAACAAGGAAUAUCUGUGAAAUGUUAUAAUAAAAAGGCUUGUUUAGGGCACAUUUGUAAUUUUCCUAGCCACAUAAAAUAAACAGUUCUUUGCGGUAUUAAGAAA